AUGGGCAUGUAUCUAGGCCUCCCAGAGCAAAUCUGUGGAUCAAAGAAGAAAAUCUUCUCUUUUGUCCAUGAUCGCCUAAGCUCCAGGGUUAAUAAUUGGUCUGCAAGACUUCUCUCCAAAGGCGGAAAAGAGAUUCAGAUUAAAUCAGUGGCUCAAGCCGUUCCGACCUACAUCAUGUCUUGCUUUCUUCUUCCACAGGGGAUAACAGAUAAACUCCGUAGCGCCAUUGCCAAUUUUUGGUGGAGCUCGAAACAAAAUAACAGUGGAAUACAUUGGAUUGCAUGGGACAAGAUUUGCAUUCCCCAAGAUCUGGGAGGCCUUGGAUUUAGGGAUCUUAACGAUUUUAACCUAGCUCUGCUAGCUAAGCAGCUAUGGAGACUCAUUCAGUAUCCGAACUCUCUUCUGGCUCAAGUGCUAAGAGGAAGAUACUUUCGACAAUCUGAUCCAUUAGAGGACCGAAAAGUCUACUCACCAUCUUAUGGAUGGAGGAGUAUGUUGGCUGCAAAACCGUACCUCAAACAGGGACUCAGGAAGACAAUUGGGUCGGGACUCAACACUAGAGUUUGGAAUGAACCUUGGAUCCCUGAUGUUAGAGCCCGGGCUCCAAGAGCAGCCCCCCAAAUCGGCUUUCAAGACCCAGGAAUGCUAGUAUAUCAUCUUAUCCAUCAAGAUACGAAACAAUGGGAUGAGCCUCUCUUAAGAGUCUGCUUCCAACCAGAGGAUAUCUCGCUUAUUCUUGGGUUGAGACCUACUAAGAACCGUACCCUAGACGGAUAUGCAUGGAACCAUACUAAAUCAGGGAUAUUUUUGGUUAAAUCGGAUAAUGAUUUGAUUAGAAGAGUGAAGCUUGCACAAAAUACAGAUGUAGUGGGAGAACCAAAUACCUUAAUCCACGCAAAGAUUGAAGCAGAAAGCUGGAGGAGUGCAAACAAACCGGAAGUAGACGAGGACGCAAUAGACAAGACUACUCCCAUUCCUCUAACUCCGUUAUCUCUACCUGAUGCCCAGAGGUUCCCGAUCUGCCAGGUCGAUGCAUUCAUGGAUAGAGAACGGUCUGGUGAGUGGGCUCGGGUGGAGUCUGAGGAAGGAGAGGAGUGA